CCCUACCCCCAACCCCGUAGUUCCCGACAAUUACGGAAAUGGCACUCUUCGCCUCCAAAUUCGCGCCGCUGAUCCCGCGCCUGCGCCGCCUCUCCACGGCGGCGGCGGCCGCCGGCGCCGGCGAGGACCCCAAGCUCUCGCGCAUCGCGGACGGCCUGCUCGCCCUCUCCUCGGCCGAGCUCGACGACUACUCGGCCCUCAUGCGCCUCAAGCUCCGCCUCUCGCUCACCUCCACCCCCGCCUCGGGGGCCGGCCCGGCCGGCGCGGCCGGAGACGCGGCCGCGCCCGCCGAGGAGGCCGCCGCGGUCAAGACCGCGUUCGACGUGAGGAUCGAGAAGUACGAGGCGGCGGCCAAGAUCAAGAUCAUCAAGGAGGUGCGCGCCAUGACGGACCUCGGGCUCAAGGAGGCCAAGGAGCUGGUGGAGAAGGCGCCCGUCGUCGUCCGCGCCGGUCUCCCCAAGGAGGAGGCCGAGGCGCUCGCCGCCAAGCUCAAGGCCGCCGGCGCGUCCGUCGCGCUCGACUGAUCUUCUCCAACCAGCCUAAGGAGGCCAAGGCGCUCGCCGCCAAGCUCAAGGUCGCAGGCGCACUUGAGUGAUCCCUAUUCGCGAACCUAAGGUGUCUCCAUUUUUGAUUCUUAGCGUUCCUAGAAGAUGCAACCUCUGUGUGCGUUGUGUCUUAAUUUUUUAAAAUUGGAAUUUGUUGGGAUUGCAGCAGUCGGGUAAGGGUACAAGAGGAUGCAGGAUUUGCUUCCAUUGUUGUAGCUUAUGACUAGCCUCCAAGCGUAAUCACUGAUAUGCCUUCCUGAACCACGCAAUAAGCUGUUGCUGUGUUUAUGUUCUACUUUACUGCUCUGGAUUAAACAUUUCACCUAGCCACAUUGACUAAUGUGAGGGUAUACAAAGAUGCAACUCUUGUUGGCAUGCCUUUAUCUUUAUGUGGUGACUAGAAUAUGAUAGUUUCA